AUGUCAAAGGAAGGGGAGAAGCUAUGUUUUAUAGGUGGAUCGAUUGCUCCAGAUAUGUUGGUGGAUCCCGAUUUUCUCACCUUCUCGAUUUUUGAAGAUUUCACCAAAAGUAAGGAAGUUGUGAGUGACGUCGAGAAAGUCUGGUAUAGACUACCUGAUGAAGAUAUGUCAUUGGCAAGAUUGAUAUGGCAGGAUAAGGAUAGUAAGAUAAUGAAGAUGGCUUCAGAAGCAAAUGAAUGUGGAGAAGUUUACAUCUACAUGGAGCAUAGUGUUGCUCCCCCAAAUGUUGUUGAAAAUGUUUCGAGUUUUGUGACUGCUAUUGGUGAAAAUGAAGCUACUGAAGACUGUUUGGAUGAUGGCGAGAAGGCUGAUGAUGAAAACGGUGGAGAUGAAGAAAACAGAGAGGAAGAAGAAAAUGAUGAUGAAAACCGAGUGGAAAGUAGCGAGGAUGAGAGAGAAGAAGAAUGUCAUGAAGAAGAGCGAGAGGAAGAAGGUGGUCAAGAAAUAACUAGACCGGAAGAAGAAGCGCAAUCUAAGGAUGAGAACCAGAUAUUAGGUGAAGCUGGAGCUGAUGACCCACGGUUUGCAAACUUGUUUGCACUAGCUGAACUAGAGACUCCUACAGUUCAUUCAAAGGGUACUCAACCUAAUGUGGAUGUUGAAGCUGGUUACGACAGUGAAGUCGAGGGUGAAAGAGUACUUCCCCUGAGUUUAACAUAUCUGGAUGCUGGAGGCAGCAACCCAUAUCCACCAAGAAAAUGUAGGGCUACUAAAUCACAGCCUAUAAUUCCACCAUCUACGCCUAAUCAAUCCCAACCUUCUACUGCGCCUCAACCCUCAAUAAGGCCACAAACUGAAGCUUCAUCAUCAACUGUACCUGCUUUUACUGCACCUCAAGUCUCAACAGGGCCACAAACCGAAGCGGGAUCAUCUACUGCAGCUGCUGCAACAGGGCGUCGUCGUGGACGUCCUCCUGGAAGAGGACAAGCUUGUAAGGUGACAGUUCCGAGAGGAAUCGGUGUGUACAUGUGCCCAUUUUCUAAUCGGGUGUUUGAAUGCUUUGGUUUCACAUCAAGAGAAGUAGGAGGUGACUCUUCCAAAGGUCCAAAUUCACGCAAGUAA